AUGUCCAGGCCAGAUAUGACAGAAAAAAAUCAAAGUCUGCUCAUGGAGUUUGUCCUCACAGGACUGACGGAUCGUCCAGAGCUAAAGCCAACCUUGUUCCUGGUGUUCCUUGUCAUCUACGUGGUCACCAUGAUGGGCAACCUCGGGCUGGUUGCUGUCAUCUGGAAGGACCCCCACCUCCACUCCCCUAUGUACGUAUUCCUCAGCAGUUUAGCCUUUGCUGAUGCGUGCACUUCGUCCUCUGUCACCCCCAAGAUGCUUAUCAACUUCUUAUCCAAGAAUCAUAAGGUGUCUCUGGUUGAAUGCUUUGCCCAGGUUUACUUUAUGGGUUCCAGUGCAACCACAGAGUGUUUCCUCCUGUUAGUGAUGGCCUAUGACCGCUACAUGGCCAUAUGCAACCCCUUGUUUUAUCCAGUAGUGAUGUCUAAUAGACUCUGCACUCAGCUUAUAGCUGUGGCCUAUUUUUCUGGAUCUCUGCAUUUAGCAAUUCAUGUAGGGUUGCUAGUUAGAUUAACUUUCUGCAGGUCCAACAUCAUACAAUAUUAUUAUUGUGAGAUUUUAAAACUGUUCAAGAUUUCUUGCACUGAUCCUACACUUAACAUGGUUAUGCUCUUAACCUUUGCAAGCUUCAUACAAGGCCUCACCUUUGUAACCAUCCUGAUCUCUUAUGCCCAUGUUCUCUUUGCCAUCCUAAAAAAGAAGUCCGAGAAAGGCAGAAGCAAAGCCUUCUCCACCUGCAGUGCCCAUCUGCUGUCUGUCACUUUGUUCUAUGGCACCCUCUUCCUCAUUUAUGUUUGUCCUGGGUCUGGGCCUUCUCAAGAUAAAGAAAAACUAUUUUCCUUAUUUUACACGGUAAUAAUUCCUCUGCUAAACCCAUUUAUUUACAGCCUGAGGAACAAAGAGGUUAUAGGUGCCUUUAGAAGAAUUAUGAAGAAAUAA